AUGAACGGGCUCUCGCUCCAAUGGGUUGGCUGCACCAAAUACGUGAAGAGCUACAGAGGCACCCCAACAGAAGUUGGGAACCUCAUCCGCGAAGUUAGAAGUCUCUCUGUCAUCUUGCUCAACCUUUGCCUUAUCGCUUUCGACCUAGAAGAGACUGGACCACCCGAAGCAACUGCUGCUGUUCACGAGCCGCCAACUGUUCUUCAUCCGCAUUAUCUCCACGAUUGCCACCAGCUGCUGAGUCGCCUGGAGACAGGUCUUCCGCGUACAGAAGCUUCCUUAGAUUCGGGUUCCGGGCGCUCAAGACUACAAGCUCGACUAAAAUGGCCUUACACUUCAACCGAGUCCAGAGAAAUGAUCCAGGAUAUACAGCGUUACAACCAGAUCAUCCACACAGCUCUUGCCGCCGACUCUCUGUCCAAGCUCAAACAUUGCUUAUCGCGACAAGUCGAAAUGAAGGAUGGCCUUAAAAGGACCAAUCGCACCGCUGAAAAGAUCUUGGACAUACAAGUCAAGAUUGCCCUCGAUGCCAAAAGAAAUCAAGUCCUCAAAGAUUUUGGCCAAGUUAAUCCUCGGGGCGAAUACGAGAUAAACGAAGCCUACGGCAUGGCCUCACCGGCCUUUAGCUCACGCAAGGUCCAGAGUUUGACUACUAGUACUCAACUCCGGCUCCAAGGCUCUGGUGCAGUGGUAUACCUGGUGCUGGGAACUACUGCGUACUUCUUCUGCGCCUAUAGACAUGAGCGCUCCCAGCAUCUGGUCAAUAUUCUUUCCUCUCUUUGUAUCCAACUCGCCCUGCAAAGCGAAAACGCUUUCCAUAUCUUAGAAGAGUAUCACGACCAGCUAUUCUCAAGUCACCACCUCUCUUCAAAGCCCACCGCCGAAAUGCUCAUACAGAUACUACAUCGUAUCUGCGCUUGCUUUACCCGCGUCUACAUUAUCGUCGAUGGUAUCGAUGAGUGUGACAAUCGAGUCGAAGCAAAUCCGGGACGAGAGCAUUAUACGCACACGUCUGUAAAGGGGAUGUUUCGCUGGGUAGCCUGCCAACUCGACUACAUGUGUGAACUCCCAACAGACAGAGCUCGACGUGAGGCCUUGAGCAAGCUUCCCCCUUCGCUCUAUGCAACUUAUGAUCGUAUCUUACUAAGAAUUGAUGGUUGCAACGAUGCGGUAAAACGAAUAGUCAAGGGAGCGCUAUUAAUGCUCGCGACGACUUUCUCCUCACUCUGCUUUGAAGAAAUCUGCGAGGCCAUUUCCUUGGAAGACGGUGCAACAACUCUCGAAGAUGAUGAGAUUAUAGAAGAAGAGGAAGUACUGCGAUGGUGCAGUAGUCUUAUUCGAGUCGACAAAUACGGCUCUUUCGCCAAUAGCAAAAGAAUUCAGUUUGCACACUUUACAGUCCAAGAAUAUCUUCAAUCCUUGAAGACUCGCAAUUCGGACCAUCAAUACCCAAAGCUCAGAGAAUACGCUGUUUCGCGGGUAGAUGGCACCGACUUCUUUUCUUACCUGUAUUUACGCUUCCUCACUAUGGAGGACAUGGAGCGAUUUCCGCCUACCCCUGACAUAACAUGUAGUAUUGAGGACAUGCUUGCUCGACGCAGACGCAGAACUUUUUACCGCAAAUCAGUACUAUCUUGGACACCAUAUAAGACACGACCGUCAAAUAUGGAGGAUGAGACAAAUAAGCUCCUGCGGAAACUCUUCCAACCCUCCAAAACGCCCUUCUUCUGUCUGUGGGCAAUUGACUUCAUAUUCAGUCAUCAUCCCUCGUCUUCAACAGACGCCUCUUCUAAGUCAAGAAGAGUUCUAUCGAAAGUCAUCACCGCGGUGCUCAGACCUGAAUUCACGCCUCUUCACAUGGCAGCUGCAUUCAGUAUGUACGACAUAUGUCAAGAGUUGCUGGAGAGUGGCUCUGAUGUGCUGGCAUACAGCAGAUUCGGCACUCCAUUACACUGUGCCCUCGGCGGUCGAGGUUUCUUUUAUAGUUUUCUGAACUUGAAAAGCAACGAUAUCAUAUCGGGUGGUCCCAUUACCAAUCGAAAAGUCUUUCAUAGUGCGCACCAGGCUCAGCUACAAACAGUCCAGUUGUUGCUGAACGCUUCAGUCUCGCCCCUGACAUCCCCUUUACCAUCAGAAACUAUCAUAUCGCUCACUUUUUCAUGCCCUUGCCUAUCCACUAACAACGCCCAAGUUAUUAUCAAGCUUCUUAGGGCUGGUUUGUCAAUAACGGCUCAAGAUGUGCAACUCUUCAGGAUCCGUUAUGAUCCGUGCGUGCAGAUGCCUGCUCUCACAUCUGAGACCUCUCUGAUGUGGUCUCUCUUUCCAGAAUUACUCAAGGUCCUUGGCGAAAACCUUACGCCAGGCUGUCCCAGAUUUGUCCUUCACCAGGAAACCGCAGACUUCAUCUCAAGAGCAAGCAGAAUGGGACAACCCCAAUGCCGAGGUGGGCAGUCGAUUGAAGGCGCCAGUAGCGAAGAGGUCCUCAAAUACUUCCAUUUGCUGAUCAUAUUGAACGAUGGAAUUGGGAUGAGUGCUUUCCUUACCACUUCGAGAGCCGAUAUGGCAAAGUCGACCGACAUUGAUCUCAAGCGUCCUGGCUGGAAUGCUCCUCAUCUCGCAUUAUUGGAGGGAUCUUAUCGAGUGUUGGAUCCAUUGUUGGCCUUUGGCCUAGACCCAUGUUCUGAAAGUCCACAGGGUUCCAAGCCAGUUCAUAUGUGCUGCCUAGAAAACACCUACGAGGCUCUUCAAAUCUUACAGCGCUUUGGUGGAUCAAUUCUUGACACCGACAACCUGGGUAGGACCGUGCGGCAGCGACUCGAUUUCACUUCGAGGCGGUCUCUCUUCUCCUGCCUCGUUGCAAAACGGAAGAACAUUGGACAAGCACUAAAGCACUGUACUUUGUUUUAUAUGAACCCACAUUCUCUGGGUCAUUGGAUCUCUACAUGGACUCGGCAUCUUGUCACAAACGUCAUGUGGUUUGCGUGCUUUAGCAUGCGCACUCUACCGGGCUAUCUCUUCUGAUGAUGUACAGACUUGUGAGAAGCUUUACUAUCUUGGCUGCCCUUUGGAGUGUGAGCUGCCCUUUCCUGUGGUUGUGACACCAUUAGCUCUGUCCAUACUCCAAAGUUCUUACAAGGUGAUGGCGUGGCUGUUAAGGAACGGCGCGACUGUUUCAACCAUCAUGGUCCAUCCUACUAAGGAUACCUAUUGCACAGUCCUCGAUCUUAUUUUAGAACGACCCAGCCUUAACAACCUUCUUUCAGCAUUUUUAGAUGUAUACCUUGCAGAGAGGGGAUCCUUUGCACGUGAGCAACGCAGUAUUCUUAACAUACCUCUCAUUGCAGGCAACAUGGACUCAUAAUAUUGCUGAACAAACUCCAGAGCAAGGCCUUGGGAUGUGGUGAAGUCACAACAUUCUUGCUGGAUAUUUCAGGUGACUUCGUCUUUAAAAGCACCACAAGGCUUGAAUCGCUCAGUGCCAUCAUUGAUCAGAAGGAUAUCCGUCAUCAGAACCGGACUCCUCUCUUUGUCGCAGCCGCGCAGAACAAUGCGAAAGCGUUAAAUGCUCUACUUCGUCAUGGAGCCGAUGUUAACACAACUGACGACAGAAAUUGCACGCCUCUAUUUGUUACAGUUGAGCAAGGGGCGAUGGACGUCGUAGAGUUGCUCAUCGGUUGCGGUGCCCAUGUCGACGUGAUGAAUGCUUCAUCUCACGGACUCUUCGCUAUGGCUUUCGUACAGAAAUUGUGGAUAAUGGUCGACACUCUUCUCUAGGUCGGCCUAUCAAGCAAGAGAAUAACGUGGACGGAAGAAAUCUCCUCGGCCUCGUGACUUUAUGGACUUGCCAUCCAGGCACCAAACCCAACAUUGGACUCUUCAAGGGGCUCCUAGAUCUUGGCGUCGAUCUAUAUUUAUGUGACAAGUUUGGCUCUUCUGCAUUCCAUCAUCUUUUUACAAGACCUUGCCGGAGUUACUUGUUGUGCAUGUUGGGCAUGAGACUCGAUCAUAAGUGGAAAAGCUCAACAGCUGGUCUGACCAUUUCUUCUCCAACGGAGUAGAUACCUUGGUUGAUAUAACUUAUAGCCUUCGUUAUGCCAAACCUUCAAUCAGAAUUGAAGGUGUCCGCCAGCCAUGUGGCCUGGGAACCCCUGGUGCGCAUAGUUUGUUAUGUCGAGCAGCCUGCUGGGGUGCGGUCACAGCGAUUCAGAACCUUACCAAGCUCGGUAUUAGUGAUCUUGAACAUCAUUUUCAUGAACACGGAUCGCCCUUAAAUGCUGCCAUUCAAAACCACAGAUGGGAGGCAGUCAAGUUUCUUAUACUUCAUGGCGCUACGGUUCCUAAAGAUCUUUGGAGGCCCAAGAAUUCUAUCCCGAGUACUGCAAACCCAGAUUCUAUUAUUCGAGAGUGGCUAUUUGUUGGCAGGCACACGGAGCGAAAGCGAGUUUCACUUGGCCUUUGGAACAAUGAGCUGAAGAUCAAGAGCUGGUCUGGGGUAUGAGUUGUUCGGGUGUCAUUACAAUGGCGAGAUAGGAAGUGUUCCGUGGAGAGCAUCUUGGAAUACGCCAAACGAAGGCAUUGGCUCGAGAUUGAGUACAAGUCAAGCGCUGUUCGAGAUACUCAAUUGGCGCGGCCAAAAGAAAGAUGCGGGAGCGUGUCGAGUGUUGAACGCCAGGGCUAUUGCGGAGGAUGUAACGGUCGCUCAGCGCCGCAAGACUGAUGGCCAACAAAGCAAGCAGCUACGCAUACCCGCACAGCAAAUCACCUGCAGCUUCUACCGACCUGUCAAAACGGUCGAUGGGGUUCAAGAAAUUGCAACGCUGGGUGCAGCCGAUCAUUUUCUUCGUCCCGGAGAAUCCACUCGGCGACCGGCACCGGUCCGGAGGACGGUGCUGGCCUUUCGGGCCGUUAGACUCCACCUACUUCCGGUGUGAUGGAUGUGCCUGCUCCUCAGGGAGCAAGAAAACACCGAACCUUGAUA